AUGUCCGCCGCAUCGAUCUCGAUCGUCGUCGCGUCGUCCGCGUCCGUCGCGUCCGCGUCCCCGAGAUGCGCUGUCGCUCGGCUCGUGAAGAAAGUCCAAGGCAAGAUCCCGGUCGUGUCCCUGCUCUCGAAACUCCUGACCCCCGAGGGCGGGAUCGGCGUCGAGGCGCUGUCGUACAACGAGUACUGCCGCGCGAAGCUCGACGCCGCGGGGGGCACGGAGUACGGCGCGUCGCUGAGCGAAAUUUGCGACGCGUACAAAAAAGAGCCGCGGCAGUUGCUGCUGCUGACGUGGAUGGUCUACGAGGGCGACGGUCUGCUCCCCGACGACGUCGCGACCGCCGCCGCGAGACGAUUAUCGAGCACCGGGUUCGACUACGAGUACGAGAUAUUCAAGUUCGAGAGCGCCAGGGACGAAGCGAUCGCGCGCGCGCGGAAAAAAGGCGUCGACCCGCGCGCGGGGCGGGACGCGGCGAGGGCGACGAAGACGGCGACGGAGGUGUUGGAGCUGUGCUGCGGCGCGACGAACGGGUUGACGACGGAGGGGAAGGGGCACAUCGCCGUCGUCGCCGCGGCGACCAUGGAGGCGGUAUGACGUGAUGUGAUGUGAUGUGAUGGAGGAGGUACGUAUCAGAAUGUUAGUACAAGCGCUUCGUUCGCCCC